AUGGAGGCGGUGGAUAAGCGAUACAGGUCUGUCCCCUCCCCUGCCAACCCUGUCCCUGACACCAUCCUGUUUGGCCAGUACCAGGGUCGUUCCUUUCGGUGGUUGUGUGAGAAUGACAUGGGCUAUGUCAUCUCACUGCUGGCCAGUCACCAGCAUGAAAGGCGGACGAACAAGUCCGAGUCUGCCUCCAUGCUUAACAAGGAUGACCUUGGUAGUUAUGCACUCCGUUGCCCAGGAGUUGCACAGGCUGUCCGGGACCGCCAAACCCGUGACAGCGCGCAGGCUGUGACGCAGUCCUCACAGUCUGUGUGCCAUGUUGGGCUGGGGUCUUUGAUGGGGUUUGGCAAGUAUAAGGACAAGACAUACGAGUAUGUUCUCAAGGGCGAUGAGAGCUACGUGAAGUGGGUGCUGGGGUCGAAACCUACAAUCGGAACUGUCAUGUACACCUUCCGCAAGUUCGCCAUCCAGUGGAAGGAGUCCCAGUCUCAGCCCCAGCCAGCAGCACAGUCAUCCCNCAUCCUUGCGCCUGAUUAG